UCAGUCUGCCGUGUGACAUCGUCCUUAGGGGUCACUUUUAAACUUUGUCCUGCAACAUUAGCUAACAGGCAUGGGUUCCCUAUCCCACAAUUAUCUCCUACCGCUCUGCCUCCUCGCAAGCUGGUUUCCACCAGUCACUGGGCUCUUUGAAUGGAUGAGGCAGACUGAGCAUCCUCCGGGAAAAACGGUGCAACCUCCUCCACCUGCAGAUUUAGCUCCAGUAAUUUUAGUCAAGGAUGCGCAGUUUGAACUAUCCACUGCUGAUGAGAAGUUCCUGGCAGAGGCCAAGCAGAUGGCGCUGAGUGCUUUAGAUGGCUGCCACCACAGGGUGGUUGCUCAGUUAAAGAUGAGCUGUGAUGGUCUCUCAGAAGAGGAGCUGGCGAAGCUUGGUGUUUUAUUGUUCAACUGCCAGGCACAGAUUGAGGGUCGUAGAAUUUACCCAUGUACAGAAGAGAUGAGUAUAAAAGAAUGUACAGCAAACAUGGACUCUGACACAUGGAAUGCCUAUCACAUUGUAAGCAACAGGGCUCGCUCUGUGUGCUAUGCAACCCGCCAGCAGCUCUUUCGGCGCAGGGCAGAGCACACGGUGAACACACUUAUCUCGACAGCGGCUAGCCAACUAUCUGCCAUGGAAGACCUGAAGGAUGGCCAAUUGGAGCUUAGAGCGAUGACUGCAGCAUCGCUAGACAAGCUCCUGCAGGGCCACACUGCUCUCCAUACUCAGCAGGUCAAGCUGCACGAAGGCCAGGGUCAAAUGGAAAGUUCCCUGAGAGACAACCUUGAGCGUCUGGGUCAGGAGAAAGCCCUCAUUGCCUCUGGACAAGAACUCGUAGCCCAGCUCAUCCAGGGAAUUACAGAUAGAAUGGCAAUUGUUAGUGAGAAUGUUCAGAUCCAAGGCUCAGAAGUGCAGGACAGCCAGAGAGCAAUUGUUGAAGACCUUGCCGCUGUCGGAUAUCAAGCACAGGAAAUCCAGCAAAAAAUUGAUGACAGCAUGUCAGAGUUUCUUCAGUACCAGGACCAGACAUUGCACUACUACACAGAUCUCAUGAGCAAACUGGAGCACAUGAAUAGCAGUCUGGGAUUUAUGCUGCACUACCUCGAUGAAAUGCAAGGCCGACUAGAUGAAAGGCUUCACGUAAUUCAGGGUUACCUUGGUUGGGCAGGUUUAAGCAUCACUGCUAUGUGGACAUGUAUUGCGCAUACCAGCUAUUUUGUACUGUUUGCUGUCCUUCAGUCAUUCCUGCGUUGUCCAGUAUUCUCUCGUGCAAUGCUGCUGCUUACCGUGCCACUGAAUGCAGUGGCAGAGGUGAACCAACAGCCGGCGCUGGAUCUCGCAAGUCUUAGCCUGCUGCUAGUCAUGCUCUCUCUAGGUCAUUGCUUUGCGAGUCAGUUGUGGGUUCAACUUCAGAGAAGUGAAAAGCCGACUGCUGCGUUGCCAUAUGUCUCUUUUGAAUUAGUGGAGCCACAGAAGUCAUGUAACCCAUAUCCACAAUCCUCAACACCUCAGAAGGAAGAGCAGAACAACCUGCAGAAUCGAGAUGACGUUAUAUCAAGUGACCUUGGAAUGUCUGUAGUGUCUCCUCUCAGGAAGCCUGCACCAAGUGGUACACCUAAUCACUGCACUCCUCGACUUCCUCCCCAGCCUGUUCUUUCAGCAGCUUUGGUAGAUAUUCCUUCAAGAAAUCUUAGGGGUGUUUUUGACACUUUGAAUGACUCUCAUGAUUUAGUGAAUGACUGGAGAAGUGCAAGUCCGACUCCAUCAAUUAGCAACAGCUCUUUGUCAGGACGUCAACUCUGCAACGCAGUUACCAAAACCGGUAAGACAUGUAAGAAGAGAGCGCGGUUUGGUCAAGAAUACUGCGGAAUCCAUGAAGGCAACCGCACCCCCUACUUUCACACUUGAAAUGCACUGCCUUGCAAGACAUGUUAACUUUUUAAAUUCGGAUUUUGUUUUUACUUAUUGCAUUUUUAAUUACAUUUCCCCAUGGAGCCUUGAAAUAAA